ACCGACGUCCGACAAACCAUCCCCAGACCCCUCCGGUGCUCAGAUUAACAUAUUCAAACGUCGCCUCUGGUCCACCCGAUUUAACUACCCUUCUUGAACAUUUGCAUCCUGCGCUCACCAUGGUCAACCGUCCGGAGCGCCCCGAUGCCCUCCAAUUUCGCUCUCAUUCUUUCGACCCGCCCUGCAAUGCGAGUAUGACCAGCCUUUCUUUGGGUGACCUUCCCAGCCCGCGUGCUGGUGAGGUACCACCAGCUCUGUCGCCGCUCGAUGCGCUCGCGUUGCAAGGCCGUCUCCUUGCAAAGCGAUUCGAACAGCAGAACAAGGCUGGUCGUCGCAUUAGUCGUUUGGAACCGCUCACCAUUCAGAAUGAAUUCGGGAAUCGUACUGGAUACUUUUCUUCCAUGUCGAGCUCAUCCGCCAACUCUCCCAACGAUGAGCUGCCUCCGCUCAGUCCCCAGCCGCCCUCCAGCUCUCCCCGCGAGCAAGUAUCAGAUCGCCAUAAAUCCUUCUAUCCACAGUUUGGAGGCCCCGAAGUUUCCUAUGAGCCCCCGCUACCUUUUCGCAACAAUCUGACUCCCAUCGGCGAGGUGAAGCCGCAACAGCAGCAGCAGCCCCCGCGGGGCUACUUCGACAUGCCUAGGUCCCAAUCCCCAGAGAUGGAAGAGCCGAAGAUUGGCUUACAGGAAGCAACACCCACAUCUCCUGCUAUACCACCCCGCUCCGAAUUGAGACCGGCGAUGAACCAGGCGAAUAAACAGCAUUCGCAAGACUCUCUAUCCUCUAGGCCACCGAUGCAAGGCGGUCUUCACCCUCCUCGAUCCCCAAUGUCUUUGCGCGACAGGUCCCGAGGUCGCUCUCCAGGUGUUUCUCCCAGUAUUAGAUCUGUCCCUGGAGAUAGCGGCGAUGAGGUCGAAGAUAUGUCCCUGAAUGGCUCAUAUGAUUCUUUACAAGCGAGGAACCUCUCCCCAAGCUCUAGCCUGUCAAGAACUCAUUCCCCAUUUACACCCAUGACCAAUGCUGGCGGCAUUCCUCGCUCUCCUUCUCUAUCAUCGGAAUAUUCCACUGGCGGCUCGCAACUGCCUCGUCCAGCUUUCAACUUCUCGAGGCCCAGGAGCAGCGUCAGCAAGCCCUCGCUGGAUGUCCGUUCCACUAGCGACACCAUCCCUUCGCGGCAGGCUUCUGAUGAGAGUGCGAUGAUGAGGCCAUCGAUGGAGCAAUCUUUCGAGCUCCCACGUCGCCAGAACUCUGGGGAGAGCGGUAUCGGUAACUACGCCAACGAUGUCGUUCACACUCCCGUCAGUAUGACGAGCGAGGAUUUCCGCAGGUCAACCGACUAUUCGAAUAACACUACAUCCUACACCUACUCCAAGUUCAGCCUGCCCCGAGGCCGAAAGCUAGAUCGACAGUCCAUUGGGAUUGAGGACUUCCUAAACAGCCAGAUCAAAUGGGAUGAUUCGUCUGCCAAGAAGGCAAAUGCUCGCCCACCAUCUCCCGAAUCGCCGCCAAGAUCCUUUGAACAAGAAAGAGCCCGCAAUGCCUCCUUGGAUCGUGCGGCACCUUCGCUGACCUCGAGCAACAGUACCAUUCGUGCUAAAGCUGAUGGCACAGCGGAUGUGACUGCUCAAGAGCACUGUGACAAGGCUAUUGAGCUGCACGAGGCAGGCGAGUUCAUGAAAUCUACCUAUCACUUCCGCCUUGCGGCUCGCGCAGGCCUACCGGAAGCUAUGUUCUGGUAUGGACUGGCUUGCCGACAUGGUUGGGGUAUGCGAGAGAACAAAUCAGAGGCAGUCCAGUGGCUACGCCGUGCUGUAGACUCCGGACACUUGGAGGUAGCAGACGACGAGGACCAGACCAAGCAUGGCCAACCGACCGAUUUCGUCAAGCGAAAGCAACAUAGAGCACAAUAUGCUGUUGCGAUCUACGAGCUCGGAAAGUGUUAUAUGAAUGGUUGGGGUGCCGCUCAAGAUAAGUCUCUGGCUCUACGCUGCUAUGAGAUCGCUGGAAACUGGGGCGAUGCCGACGCGUUGGUUGAGGCAGGAUACUGCUAUGCUGAGGGUGUGGGUUGCAAGAAGGACAUGAAGAAGGCUGCCAAGUUCUACCGUGCUGCCGAAGCCAAGGGCGUUAGCAUGGUCGGCAACAGCUGGAUUCACAAGGAGAAAUACAACGAUGACGCCUCGACCGUGUCUGAUUCGCGGUCUGUUCGCUCCGGGCGAUCUGUCAAGAAGGAUCAUUCUGAGAAGAAGCCUCGUGAUAAGAGUCGCACCCGUACCAUCUUUGGGCGAAAGAAGAGCCAUGCUCAGUAGCCCAAAAGUAUUCCUUAACUCUGUAAAUGUGUCCACGACAACGCGUCUUUACAUAUCCUUUUGGCGAAGGCGUCUUUGGUCUUUGCCGUUUCGGCUAGUCUCGUUUCUUUGGAUUGCAUAUACCCAGUCUUUCCUUUCGAUUCUCUUCACAAUUUUCUCAUGAUACCUGCCCGGUGCACGGCUUGGCACCCUUUA